UAUUGGUUUGGAAGUGGUUUCAGUGGAAGGGAGAGAGUUUAAGAAAUGAAGAUUUUGGGGUUAAGAAAAAGAGGAAGCCUGACGUGGAAGCUGAUGGAAAUUUUCAAGGAUGGACAAAAGAGCAAGAAUUGAUUUUGCAAAGAGCCUUUGUUUCUGUAAAGCCAACGCCUAAUUUCUGGAAGAAGGUUUCCAAGCUGGUGCCAGGAAAAUCUGCACAGGAUUGCUUUGAUAAGAUCCACUCUGACCGUUUAACUCCUAUUCAGCCUCAGCCUCGAUCGAGGUCAAAAAUAAAAAAAUUGUCGCCCAUCAACCACUUAUCAUUCUCUGCAAGCAAAUUUCUUAAACCUGUUUUGCCAAUGGAUAAAAGGUCGAGUAGUAGUAAAUGUAAAGGCCUUCUUGUGCAGAAAAAAACGUUGAGACAUUUGUUGCAGAAGCAAUGUUAUGUGAACCAAGGUGAUGAAGCAGAUAUAUUCUCCAUUGUUGAACCCUACACAAGUCCAUCUAUCCAUGCUACAGAGAACGUUGCGUUGUCCACCCCAACAAAGUUAUUUGUAAAACAGGGAUUUCUCCAGAAGUUUCAUGAGAGAUCUUCUGGUUCAAAGAAGCCCCAGUCAAAACUUGGCAACUCUUCCAAAGAAGCUCUUAUUAGUCCCCCAGUGUUGAAGCAGAUAAAAAAUAGAGCCUUACAUGAGAAGUACAUCGACCAGCUACAUUGCAGGGAAGCUAAGAGAAAAGCAGAAUCCGCAAGAACAGCAAAAGUUCUCGGAAAGGAGAAUCUGGAAUCUCAAAUUCAUGGAACCGAUAAGGUUCAAGCAGCGAAAAACAAAUUGGUUUGUGACGCUAAAGAUGUAAUUAACCAGCUGCAAAAUCUGCAGACCACUUCUGCCGAUAACUCUCUGGAUUUGGAUAAUGAUGCUGAUGUUGGUAGUGGCGAUGAUGAAGGUGGUCUUCAGCUUUAAUAAAUUGUUUUAGUUGUAUCAGGAUCUGCUAUAGCUAAGAAUGCUAAGUAGAGCGGCUGACUUAUGACUCCUUGUGUAGCCUAAAUCAGGCUUUG